UGUCUAUUUCAUCCCUCAGGACUUGCAUUUCUGUAUUCCUGAAUAUCCCUGAACAUUUUUGAACUCACAUCUUUCAUCAUGGGUAAUAAAAGAAAUGCUUCAGUUAUUUAUUUCAAUUCCCAUGGUUUCUUCGCAGUUACUUUCCUUGUAACUAUGUUUUUCAUUCCAACUUUUGUUAUUGUCGUAUUCAAAUGGACUGCCUACUGGGCUAUUCCUUGUUGCUGUAUCCAUGGCCUUGCAGAUCUUCAAGAGUAUCUCGUCAUUCCUUAGUACCUCUGUAACUGACACAUUUUCGUAUAGAUUCUUUCUGACUUAUCUCUUAAACUGCAACGUAUUGUUUAUCAUUACUACAUUGUGAUAUGAGUCUAUAUCCGCUCCUGCGUAUGCCUUACAAUCCACUAUAUCAUUUCGGAAUCUCUGUCGGACCAUGAUGUAAUCUAACUGUAGUUCCCCAUAUCACCCAGCCUUUUCCAAUUAUACAUCCUCCUCUUGCGAUUAAGAGUGUUCGCUAUUACUAGCCGAAAUUUAUUACAGGACGAGUUAGUCUUUCUUCUCUCUCAUUCCCUAUCCCAACCCCAUAUUCUCCAGUAACCAUUUCUUCCACGUUUUCCCCUACAGCUGCAUUCCAGUCUCCCACGAGUAAUGGAGUUUCAUCUCCCUUUACGUGCUGUAUUACCCUUUCAGUACCUUCAUAUACUUUUUCUGUCUCUUCAUCUUAAGCUUCCGACGUCGGCAUGUACUAUCUGAACUAUCGUUGUCGGUAUUGUUUGCUGUCGAUUGUGAUAAGCGUAACUGUAUCACUGAACUGUUCACUGUAACACACUCUCUGCUCUACCUUCCUAAAGAAUCCUACUCCUGUUAUACUGUUUGCUGCUACUGUUGAUAUUACCAUAAUAGAAGCCCAAAAUACGACAGUCCCGCCCCACAGCAGAACCCAUGGAUAGAGACCUGCACCGGUGCCUGGUCGCCUACACAGCCUUGUACGACGAGCCCCAGUCGACGUUCGAAACCUGUACUCGCCGGUGAACACAAGCCCACUCCACUGAUCCAGGUUCCGUUUCACGUGUCCCCUUAGGCAAUUUCUUCGCACUCCAAGGUCCCAGGUAGUUUUUUAUUGUUGUUCGUAGUGGUCGCCUAGUGACCACGUUCAUCUAGUGGAACUGGCUACUUACUGACUGUGUCGACGAGCCUCCAAGUUGACACCAAACAGAGACAAAUAGAGACUCCAGCAAAACACAAGUGGAACUGAGCCCACAGAGUUCUACCUCCAUGAUACAGACGCACACAGGCAGUCAUAUGUGCCCCUGGAUAGGACCAAAAUUUCCUGCAGCUACUUCCUUAAUUACCUUGGUGUCUCCCUCUUCCUGUCACUGUCAUUUAUGCAGCACUGCACGGACCUGUGAAAGUCGUUUGGUUCUAUUCUAAAUCAACUGCACAACUUCCCUGCAAAAAACUGGGGAGCAUAUGUAGACAAACAAAACAAAAGGCUGCAAUUUCUCUUGGUUAUUGAGCUGUCGCAUAUUGUGCUACAGUGUGGGAGAAUGGCACUCAUACAGUUAAGACAUAAGGAGCCAUGUUGACUAUUAAUGACAUUGCUACAACAGCUCCCACUUAGGGGUUGCAUGUUCUGUCCAAUUUUGUCCCUGCUAAUCUCACAAUUAAGGAUGCCAAGGUAUUAAUUCUUAAGACAGAGUGCAAUAAGAAUUCAGUCCAACUGAGUAAGGUAGCGCAGUAUGGUCUUUCUUGUCACGAAAGACCAAGAUUCAACCUCAUCCAAAUGGCACAAGAGAGACAUGGCAACGUCUUGAAAACGUGCUAUUAUAGUGCAAGUGCUGCUCGUGAUUAUGGCGCCAAGGAGCAGACGGUGAGCCAUGUUGUGGGGGAGCGCCCACUCCAUGCCUUUGAAGGCGGUCUGCCGUGCUUGUCCAAUCAUAGUUCUGGCUGCAUGUUUGUAUGUGAAUUCUUGUAUUUCAUCAGAAACGAUCAGUUCGCCAGAAUAUGUUAGCAGACUCGCAUACCAGCCGUAAUGUGCACCAUUAUUCCUGACCCCACGAUUCGUCUCUAAUGGGCUGGCGACCCCUAUCAAUGGGAAACGUAAAAGCUGGAAAAGGGCAAGUUGAGUUUAGUUUUCACUAUUCUAUUCUACAAAAUACAGUCAAGUUUCAUAAUAUCAUCCGUCACAUAAACUGACACCAUUUUAGUUUUGAAAGGUUGAACGACGUGGAAUGGAACAUGACAACGCUGCAAACAGAUGAUCUGAGGCGUCAUAUCGUGUCCCAGUCAGCGCAUGCUGUUCGACGCAUUACAAGAGCCUGGGUCGGCAGGGAGAAAUGUGAGAGUCGGCGUCAUGCUCAGUUUGAGUGGAGGGAUAAACCUGAACUGCAGGCCCAGGCGGCUGUUUUCCGGGAACGCCACUCCAGCUACUGGCGGAACUUGGCGCAGCUGCUCUCACUCGGUGCGACGCACGCCUCACAGCUGUUGGUUCCCCUCGCAUUCGAACGUAUGGGUAACCACACGAGUGAUCAGCAACUCCACGGUUGGAUUAAGGACAUGGAACGUGUGAAAGACAUGCUGCGCACGAAAUUAACCGGAUGGGUACAUGACAUGCAAUUAGCCAGCAAACAGGUGGAGCACUACGAGGUGGAAGAAGACAAGGACGGGCUAGGGCACUUGAUACUCAGGCGGCCGCUGUUGAGUGUACGCCUGCUGCGCUAUCAGCCGUGGAACCUCUCCUUUGACGACGACUUCAGUGCGCUGUGCAAGGAGCGGCAGCCAGAGGCGUCGCAAAUGUUCAGCCUCGCUGACGAUCUGUACGCCUUCCAUCGUGUCUACUGGUACCAUGCAGCUGAGUACAUCGAUUCAUUCUAUGAAGAUGAUUUCAAGAUUGUAGACGAGGAGUGGCAGCUGGAGGACAGAAGCCACGCUACGCUCUCCGUGGGCACUGACUGCGUGCAGCUGCUGGUGAACGCCCUGGACCACCCCACGUGUCCGCUGGAAGACCUGCCACUGAAAGCCGUGAAGCAGCGCGAGCAGUGCCGCGAGCAGCUGUGGGACGACGUGGUGCAGAGGUCGCCCCACAUACCCGUCACCAGCUACCUGGCCUACACGCAGAGGAUAAACGUCAACCUCUGCCUGCUGGCCUGGAUGGCGGUCAACUCGUACGGCAUUUGUCAGGACGUCCCGUUUAGCUUCCUGACCAGCUACUACCUGCUGAAGUAA